AUGUUUGACCCCGGGUAUCCUGCUGAUAUAUCAAACACAGCUCCACCAGCCCAGCUACAAAUGCUCAUCCAUGAUGCGACCCCCCUCACGACGAGGUUGGCCGAUAGGCCGACCAUGCACCUUUAUUGGUCCGAACAGGUUGCUGGGCUGGUACUUGAUGUCCCAGUCCGUGGAGCCCAACUACCCUUGUACGAGAGGACGUAA